AUGGCUUCCCUGUGUCAGAGAAAGUCGGGUCUCAUGGGCGAUAGGACCUUGUGAGGCCGGCCGGCCGGCUGGCUCUGCGCUGCCAUGCAGAAAAUCAAGUCACUGAUGACCCGACAGGGUCUCAAAAGUCCUCAGGAGAAUAUUCACGAUUUGAGCCCCCUUGAGAACUUCAGAAUUCCAAGCAAGGAGGAACUCCGAGAGCUCCGGGAACAACCAACUGAUCCUCAGGCGCAGCAAGAAAUAAUUAACAGCGUUGAAGAAGUCUAUUUUUCCAACGAUUCCUUUGAUAUUGUUAAGUAUGAACUGGAGAAGCUGCCUCCUGUUCUUAGCCUUCAAGAACUGGAAGAGAACAGAGACAAACUAAAGCAGCAGCAGGCCGCUGUAUCUAAAAAAGUUGCAGACUUGAUACUCGAGAAACAACCUGCAUAUGUCAAGGAGCUUGAACGAGUUACGUCAUUACAGACUAGCCUUCAGUUAGCUGCUGUCAUUUGCACAAAUGGAAGACGGCAUCUGAAUACAGCAAAGGAAGGUUUUACUCAAGCCAGCUUGGGUCUUCUUGCAAAUCAGCGAAAACGUCAGUUGCUGAUGGGGCUGCUAAAAUCUUUGAGAACAAUAAAAACCCUGCAACAAACAGAUGUGCGCUUAAGUGAAAUGUUGGAGGAGGAGGAUUACCCGGGGGCUAUACAACUGUGCCUGGAAUGCCAGAAAGCAGCUAGCACUUUCAAACACUACAGUUGCAUAAGUGAAUUGAAUUCAAAACUGCAGGACACUUUGGAGCAAAUUGAGGAGCAGUUAGAUGUAGCACUUUCCAAAAUCUGCAAGAACUUUGACAUCAGCCAUUACACCAAGGUGCAGCAGGCUUACAGGCUACUUGGGAAAACGCAGACAGCAAUGGACCAACUACAUAUGCACUUUACUCAAGCCAUUCACAACACGGUAUUCCAAGUUGUUCUCGGGUACGUAGAGCUGUGUGCAGGAAACACAGACACCAAAUUUCAGAAGCUUCAGUAUAAGGACCUCUGCAUGCACAUUACAUCGGACAGCUACAUUCCUUGCCUUGCCGACCUCUGCAAGGCCCUGUGGGAAGUGAUGCUUAGUUACUAUCGAACCAUGGAAUGGCAUGAGAAAUAUGAUCGCGGUGAGCCGCCUCCGUCGUCUGAUGGAAGCAACGUUAUGGGCACUGAAGAGACUAAUUUUGACCGCGGUUAUGUGAAAAAGAAAUUGGAACAUGGACUUUCACGAAUAUGGCAGGAUGUCCAACUGAAAGUGAAGACCUAUUUGCUGGGCACAGACAUGUCUAACUUCAAAUAUGAUGACUUCAUCUUUGUGCUGGAUAUUAUCAGCAGGCUGAUGCAAGUUGGAGAAGAAUUUUGUGGUAGCAAGUCUGAGGUUUUGCAAGAAUCCAUUAGAAAACAAAGUGUUAAUUAUUUCAAAAACUACCACAGAACCCGCCUUGAGGAGCUGCGGAUGUUCUUAGAGAACGAGACAUGGGAGCUUUGUCCCGUUAAAUCAAGCUUCAGCAUAUUGCAGCUUCAUGAAUUUAAGUUCAUGGCACAGUCACGUUCCCCUUCUGUGUCGCCAAGCAAACAGCCUGCUUCGGAAAUAGAGGGAGCCAUAACUUUAUUUGAACAGUAUUGUAAUGGAGGGAACCCCUUUGAAAUCCAAGCCAAUAACAAGGACGAUGAGACCGAAGAUGUGCUGGCUUCUAAUGGGUAUGAAUCGGAUGAGCAGGAAAAGAGUGCCUAUCAAGAGUAUGAUAGUGACAGCGAUGUUCCUGAAGAACUGAAAAGGGACUUUGUUGAUGAGCAGACUGGAGAUGCCCCUGUAAAAAGUAUUUCCCGAGAAACUCUGAGGAGCAGAAAGCGAUCUGAUUAUUGCCUCAGCAAGGUGAACGCUCCCAUUUUAACCAACACUACCCUUAAUGUAAUAAGACUUGUCGGCAAAUACAUGCAGAUGAUGACCAUCUUGAAGCCCAUUGCAUUUGAUGUGAUCCAUUUUAUGUCCCAGCUUUUUGACUACUAUAUGUAUGCGAUAUACACGUUCUUUGGCCGAAAUGACACAUUUGAAUCGACGGGACUGGGACUCAGCAGUAGCAGGCUUCGUACCACCCUGAACAGAAUACAAGAGAGUUUGAUUGAUCUGGAGGUCUCCUCGGAUGCUGCUGGAACUCUGACUGCCAUUGAAGAAAGAAAGGAGAAAGUUCCAAUCCCACAUCUCAGUCAACUUGUCGUCUUGACAACAGGCAGCACUCUGUAUGGCUUGGCAGAGAGAGUGGUAGCCACAGAAUCCUUGGUAUUUUUAGCUGAACAGUUUGAGCACCUCCAAUCUCAUCUUGACGCUGUAAUGCCUCCAGCCAAGAAACCUUUUCUUCAGCAGUUCUACUCACAGACGGUUUCAACAGCCAGUGAACUGCGUAAACCUAUAUACUGGAUUGUAGCUGCUAAAGCAAUUGAUUAUGAACAGAUGCUACUUCUAAUGGCAAAUGUGAAAUGGGAUGUAAAGGAAAUCAUGUCGCAACACAAUAUUUAUGUAGAUUCCCUUUUAAAAGAAUUUGAACAGUUUAACAGGAGGAUGAAUGAGGUUUCGAAGAGAGUACGUAUUCCAUUGCCAGUGUCAAAUAUUCUUUGGGAACACUGUAUACGACUAGCUAAUAGAACUAUUGUGGAAGGUUAUGCGAAUGUCAAGAAGUGUAGCAAUGAGGGCCGUGCCUUGAUGCAGCUGGACUUCCAGCAAUUUCUAAUGAAGCUGGAGAAGCUCACAGAUAUUAGACCUAUUCCAGAUAAGGAAUUUGUUGAGACCUACAUCAAAGCGUACUAUUUGACGGAAAAUGACAUGGAACGCUGGAUCAAGGAACACAGGGAAUAUUCCACCAAGCAACUGACUAAUCUGGUGAAUGUUUGUCUGGGAACUCACAUCAACAAAAAAGCAAAGCAGAAACUAUUAGCAGCUAUUGAUGACAUAGAUCGACCUAAGAGAUAAUUGGAGAGAGGUUCCAGUCUUGUGUUGGCUUUUUUUU